AUGGCGGGCUUUAGCAAUCGUGUUCCGUCGAGUCUGCUGUUGGGUCUUGUUGGUAUUCUUACAUCUGCACCGGGAGCUGCAGCACACGGAGGACACAAUAUGGAGAAGAUUGCGGAAGGCGAGGCUAUGAGCAAAGAGCCAUUGGACGCGAUAUUAUGGACACAUAUCCUGUUGAUGAUGCUGAGUUUUGGCAUAAUAUUUCCAACGGGAAUGGUGCUCGGGAUCGUACGAAAUAGAUGGCAUGUACCAGUACAGGUACUAGGAACGAUAAUCGCGGUUCUGGCAUACUUCUUGGGACAUCUGCACAAAGGGAGGGCAUUCGCGCAGAACGUACACGCCUCGUUCUCCAACUGGCUGAUGCUGAUGCUCGCCGUACAAAUCGUAUUUGGAAUCUACCUCAAAUUCCAUAUCACAAAGGGCUUUCACGGAAAGAUCAGGAAAGUCGCAGUCUAUGGUCAUGGAAUUAUUGGAAAAGCAAUGCCUGUAGCCGCCUGGGUACAGAUGCUAUUUGGCGGUAUUACAGCUCUCGGAUUCUGCCGGGAUGAUCACCUGGGACAAUGCCUGGCUCAUUUCAUCAUGGGAAGCGCAUUUAUCGGAUACGGAAUCAUGCUCACGAUUGUUAUGUUGGUUGGACAAGCUUGGCUGAAGAGCACCGGACGAUCGCAAGAAUUCUUCGACUCGGCCAUUAUCGCAGCUUGGGGAUGCGUCAAUACGUUCACGGAACAUCGAUGGGGUGGAGCAUGGGUCGCCAACGAUAUCCAACACACUACAAUGGGCGUUAUCUGGUGGAGUGCGGGUUUGGCUGGUGUCUGGCUUAGCAGAAAACGAGAUGGUGCACCAAAGAGAAAUUUUAUUCCUGGAUUCGUCAUUUUCAUUACUGGCUGGGCUAUGUCCGCACAUCCACAGCACCUACCACUCAGUACUAUGGUCCACACUGCAUUUGGGUAUACAUUGAUGGCUGCUGGUCUCACGAGAAUUAUUGAAGUCGCCUUUGUUCUGAGGGACAGGAACACGAUCUCAGAGGACGGAGAUGCCAACAGCUUUCAAUACAUCCCACCCUUCUUGCUUUACGCUUCAGGAUUCUUGUUCAUGGGAGCAACUGAGGAGCAAAUGGAAUUAAUUUCAGAUGCAGGAAUUACCCAUGUUUCUUACGUACUCGUUUUGUACAGCUUCUCAUUCUUGAUUUUCUUGUUCACCAACAUGUUAUUGCACCUCUAUGCAACCAACUCGGCGCCGGCAGUUCCUCCAAAGGACGGAGAGGACGCACCGCCCAGAGCCCCGCGUAUGAAUGGACAUGCUCACACCGAUUCGAGACAAAUUCGAGAUGCCGAGGAGUUCGAGCUAGCAGGAUUGAUGAGUGACGAUGAGCCGGAAAGUCCUAGCACUCUAGGAAAGAACAAUGAGGGAAGGGUGGACUAA